AUAGAAAACUCGGUGAUGUCGCUUCGUCUUUAACGAGCUUGACCCAGAACCAGGGGAAGGAGGGGAGAAGAGGGAAGAAAACACGAAAAAGACGGAAUAGCGUGGAAGGGGUCGGGUCAGGUUUUACCGAGAGCAGUCCACUCCUUCUUGUUUCUGGGCUUGGUGGUUCGGCGACCUUCCACACAUGAGCAACUAGAGCAGCCCCUUUGACCUCUGCGUGAUCGCUCACCUCUUCCACCAAGCCACGCCCACAGGUGAAGUGUGUAUGGAGCAGUGUGAGAGCGCAGCAGCUCUGCUGGAGUCGGUCAGGGAGCAGGAGGUGCAGUUUGAACAGCUGACCCGGGCGCUGGAGGAGGAGAGGAGGAGAGUGGGCCUCCCUGCCACCAGCCCCUCUGCCCUGGGUCGCCCACUCCCUCACAUGCAGAACGGGCGUUUAGGUGAUGCAGACAUAGAAAGGCUGAAACUGACUGACUCAUAUAUAAACGGCACACAGUACAGAAUGGUGGACCCUGCACACGGCGCUCUUGAUGAGAGCUAUACGCCUGAGGAUGAUUCCCAUGAAGUGCACUCGGUCUUCUCUGAGGAAGGAACCACACGGCGGAUGGAUAACGGGAUGAAGAAACCAAUCUCUCGCACCGUGCUGCCCUCUGACUCCAUGUCCAUCGAUGGAGGCAUGACGAUGCCCGGUAUGGGCAUGUACAGCGCCACACUUGACCGGCCCUACAGGCCGCCUGGUGGCGGAGACUACCCCACUGCCACCGUACCUAGAAAUUACCACUAUGGACCAGUGGGCGGCUACGACGACUACCGGGGAGGUCCGCCAUCUGAGGCAUACACCAGUCUAAGCAGGGGCUCACACAUGGACGAUCGAUACAGGCCGGUUGAUGGCUACAGAACCCUGGACUCCGGUUACCGGGCCCCAAGCCGUCAGCAGAUGGACCCGUAUGCAGCACAGCCCCAGGUGAGCCGUGGAAUGAGGGGCAUGGGCUCGGCGAUGGACAUGCGGUAUGGCCACGGCCCCUACGGUUUGGAGGAUGAUCAGCGCAGUGUGGGAUAUGACGACUACGGUAUGGGGCCUCCGCCUAUGCACCCCGGAGGCUACGGUACCAUGCCGCGCCUCGGGGCGGGCCCCGGGGGCAUGGACAGACGACGGCUCAGGAGUUGUGAGGACACUCUGGACGGGGACAUGGGAGGAGUCGACCCUUAUGCUUGGGGCGUUCCCAUGACGAUGGAGAGGGGGAGCAUGGCUUCCUUGGACAGUACAUUGAGAAAAGCUCCUCCCACCUCAUGGAGGCAGCCGGAGCUGCCAGAGGUCAUUGCCAUGUUGAACUACCGUCUGGACCCUGUCAAGACCAACGCUGCUGCCUUCCUCCAGCAUCUCACUUUCAAAAACGACAAGGUCAAGUCAGAGGUGCGUCGCCUGAAGGGCAUCCCAGCCCUGGUGUCGCUGCUCGACCACCCCAGUAAGGAAGUGCAUCAUUCAGCCUGCGGGGCGCUAAAGAACAUUUCGUAUGGGCGGGAUCCUGACAAUAAGAUCGCCAUCAAGAACUGUGACGGAGUGCCUGCUCUGGUCAGGUUAUUGAGGAAAACUCGCGACCAGGACCUCACCGACACCAUCACAGGCACCUUGUGGAACCUCUCGUCACAUGAUUCAGUGAAGAUGGAGAUUGUGGACCACGCCCUGCACGCCCUCGCUGAUGAAGUGAUCGUUCCACACUCGGGCUGGGAAAGGGGGAGCAACGGAGGAGGAGGGGAAGAAAGCUGCAAACCACGCCAUCUGGAGUGGGAGACCGCCUUGACCAACACUGCUGGCUGCCUUAGGAAUGUGAGUUCAGAGCGCAGCGAGGCCAGGCGAAAGCUGAGAGAGUGCUCGGGGCUGGUGGAUUCACUCAUGUACAUCGUCCAAUCACAGAUCAACCGCAAAGAUGUGGAUAAUAAGUUGGUGGAGAACAGCGUCUGCCUCCUGAGGAAUCUGUCCUAUCAGGUUCACCGUGAAGUCCCCGGCUGUGAGCGCUAUGCGGAGACCAUGCCCAUCGGCCAGGGCCCGGCUCCGGCCAAAGGUGGCUGCUUCGGCUCUCGAAAAGGCAAAGAUGAGUGGUUUUCCAAAGGAAAGAAAGAUGGAGACGAUGGAAGCGGAGAUCAGGUUGACAUUCCAAAGAGGACAACGCCUGCAAAAGGUUUUGAGCUGUUGUUCCAGCCGGAGGUGGUUCGAGUUUACACGUCGCUGCUCAGAGAGAGCAAAAACCCCUCGGUGCUCGAGGCUGCCGCUGGUGCUGUUCAGAACCUGUGUGCCGGCCGAUGGACCUACGGACGGUACAUCAGAGCCACCGUACGUCUAGAGAAGGGUCUCCCCAUGAUGGCGGAGCUCCUGGCCCAUGGCAAUGAUCGGGUGGUUCGCGCAAUGUCUGGGGCACUGAGGAACCUCGCCAUCGACAACCGCAACUGUGAAUUACUCGGUUUGCAUGCAGUACCUCACCUUGUUGCCAACCUGCCCGGUGGGCAGAGUCAGUCUGGACGCACUCUGUCAGAGGAGACGGUUGUUUCUGUGCUCAGCACGCUCGCCGAGGUGCUGGGCAACAGUCUGGAGGCUGCGAAGACCCUCCGAGCCUCACAAGGCAUCGAGAGACUGGUGCUCAUCAACAAAGACGGCAAGCGCUCCGACCGCGAGGUGCGGGGCGCGGGCCAGGUGCUGCAGCUGGUCUGGGCUCACAAAGAGCUGCGGCGUCCUCUGGAGAAGGACGGCUGGAAGAAGACGGACUUCAUGGUCAACCUGAACCCCAGCAACAGCACCACCAAUGGGCCCAGCAGCCGAGCUAACGGCACCUAUGAAGACAGCACCACCCCCUUACUGGACAGAGGGGAAAAGAGGGACAUGAUUCCACUGAAUGACCUUGGCCCUGAAGCCUACUCUACACUGGACCAGAGGGAGCGGAGACACACUCUGGACGAGACCACAGACACUUUACCGCGAGGGGUGUAUGGGGGCAGAAAGGGCUCCCUGCCUCUUUUGGACUCCUAUGAUGGUUAGCCCUCCCCCUCCCCCUCUACCCCCCUCCUCUGCAUGUAACAGCAUGAAAAACUGAUAGUGUGCAUCACCCAGACUGGGCCGUCCCUGCCCUACCACUGCUACUGAGGAGAGAAGACCCACGUAUGCAGACUCUCUCCCUGUCGUCCCCUCCUCCGUCUCCCCCGUCUCCCGUCCCUCUCUUUCUCUUUUUGUCCCCACGCCGAUGGGAUCAGAAGAUGAGGGUUGGCUUCCAAAGAAACUAGUUGUGUGUGUGUGUGUGUGUGAUCCAACACACGCGUGUGCAGACUCGUACUCGCCUACUUUUUACAAACUCAUUCAACUGUAGCAAGAGAAAUAUGCUCCGUUUAUAAAUGUCUCUGUAAAGGCAAUCACCUUUGUUGACAAUCAUUUAAUUCUGGUGUUGUCAUCCUGCUUUUUUUACUUUACUUUAUUCCUUUUUGUUUUGUUUUUUUUCUUGCUACCAUCAACAUUUCUGGUAAAAAAAUUUUUGUCAACGUGUUGCUGCCAACACCCGCAUCCUGAUGACUUUGUAUUUAGACCUGUGCGUAGGAUAUUAUAAUGUAUAUAAAAAAGAUGGGAUGACUGCAUUAGUUUUGGCUCAUUAAUUUAAAUUCCCCCCCCCCCCCCCCCCCCGUGCUGGGACCGUCGGGAGGCCGGGACGCAGACUGACAGACCGCCCUGUAGAUUGAGAAUGUUGUUUAUAUCGGAGUUAUUUUCCUGUCUAGAGUUAUUUUCUCUCUGUUUGGACGAGCACAGGUGUUGGGAGAGGGCAGGUGUGUGUAUAUUUGUCAUACGGUGAACCUGUGACUGUGUGCGCGCGAGUG